AUCACUAUUUUUUGAAAUAUUUGAAAAAUUUUCAAAGCAGACCAUUAGACCAUUUCCCGCGUCUCUCGCGUUGAACUUUCAAGUUUCAGUUUCUUCAUAAAUGUUUUAAAUUAAUUAACGCCUUGAAAGUAAAUACCGAUGGGUAAUUAAUUAAAUCAUCUGUAGUUGAAAACAUCAAGCUUUUCCCCCUGAACUGAUAAGGAUUCCUGGAACCUCCCAUCAGUCGUAUCUGCCAUCAGAGUUUCAUUUGCAAAACAGCAAUAGAUUUUGUUGGUUCUUGCCGAUAGAGCAGGCGUUCAACGCUCAACCUGUAAAGAUCAUAGCUAGAUGUGCCAUUCCAGAAUAAGAUGAUGAUGCAGUGAAAGGAAAUCUCUGUUGGGUUGCUUAUUUGUUCUAUCACUGCUUCAGCAUCGAACUGCCUUGAUUUUUGUAGCUGACAACUGAAAAUGGAUAUUCGGAAAUACCUGUGCGAUUGGGAACUCGAUGAAGACUUCAUCGACGAGAUUGACAGAUUCGCUGUUUGGAGAGGCUGUAAUACCCCUGAGUUUGGGAAUGCUUUCUUCGUGAUGAAAAAUCUAGACGUUUAUGCGGCAGGAGUAAGCUCAAGCUCAAAAAACACUAACAAACCGGUGCUUCUUCCUUCAUUAUGUGGCAGAAGAAUCAAAAAAUUUGUUGCCGAAGAUACUAGAGUUCUUGUUUGUACUGAGGAAGGUGAAGUUUUUGGUUAUGGAUCGUGGUUCUCUCGUAAUAAAAUUUUUAUCAUGAAUAUGCCUCAGAAAGUAUCCUCCCUGGAGGGUUUGCGUAUAGUGGAUAUCGCAAUUGGACCACAGUCAAACUGUCUAGCUUUACGUGAUGAUGGAAAGAUUGAAGUAUUCGAUUUCGCCGUUCCACUAAAAUAUCUAGUGGACACUUCACCCGCAGCAGAUACGAAACCGUUGAAUAUAUUUAAUGUAACCGGCCAUAUUUAUGUUUCAUUAUUGGAGAAUGGGAAGAUGAUGAAGAUAGAUACCAGUAUCGAUGAUUUUUUACCUAACCCGAGUGCCAAGAAAUUCAAGAAAAAUACUUGCGAAGUGAUGAAUUAUCCAAAAGCUGAUGCCGGUAAAAUUAAAAAAAUCAUUCCUGGAUUUCCACAUAUACAAUAUGUUCUGGAUGAAUAUGGUCUGUUAUUUGUGAUAAGCUACGAUGUACAAGGAGAGCUCAAACUUCAAGAAUUUCAAGUCAAUUCGUGUUUCCCCGAAAAGAUUGUUGAUGUUGCUGGUAGUCGUCUUUGUUCUCUAACAGCUGUGUUGACUGAAAAAGGCAACGUUUAUAUGUGGGGAAGAGGCCGAGGUGCAUCCAUUUCAAACCCUACGCUUACGCCAUUCAAGACCCUUCAUGAAGUUUUCCUUCAUUAUUCGAUGCCAUUGUCGACCUAUAAACUAAUGAACGUUGACGAAUUGCUUUCUGAGCCGAGUCAUGCUAACCGGACGAGAACGAAUGAUCAGCAGAAUUUCUUUAUUGAUAUGUUCAAAAAUGCAUUUGAUAAACAGACACUAUGCGAUUUAUUCGUAGAAGUAGGAGGUAAUACAAUUCCAGUCCACAAAUCAGUUCUAGCCUUGAGAUGUAAACAUUUCGUGGAAGUAUUUCAGAAAGAUUGGCCCGAAGAGAAACCGAUUAUUGUAGAAAUUAAAGACGGUGAUUUCAAAGUGUAUAAAGCUUUCCUUGAGUACCUAUAUACGGACCAAAUUGACACUUCGUUAUCCUUCAACGACAUUUUAGAAUUGCUCAACUUGGCGAAUAAAUAUCAUUCAGAACAGUUGGCCGAACGUUGUGUACUAUUGAUUCAGUCCAAUAUUACCGUCGAAAGUGUUAUUUUAUUAUACGUACGUGCCACUGUGAUGAUCAAAGACACCACGAUGAAGAAAAUUUUCGAUCAAUUAAAGGAUUCCUGCGUAAGAUUUACUGCAGACCAUGAAAAUAUAGUUGUAAUAUCUGACGAAUUCGCUAAGAUGGAUUCAGAUAUGGCGAGAGAGUUAAUCAUAGAUGUUUGCAAAAGUAGAUGUAAGAAUUGAAAUGUAUUCGAAGUCUUAUUACGAAGUAGAUACCUUACCUAGGUCUGUUUCUAAACCUGCGUGUGCUCAGUGCUGUCAGCUGUGUUCGUUUUUAAUGUGAUUUUUUAGAAACGUGUUUUACUAUGCUCAGUUUUGUUAAUUUUAUGUUUAAUUUAGUUACUACGUUGAGUUGUUUUCAUUUCGAUUAUGUUUCUUUCGUAAUAAAAGUUGAUUUUCAUUUUUUCAAA